AAGUUUGAAGAAGUAGAAUCUGAUAACACUAAACACUUUGGUUUAAAGACAAAUUCCUUUAUUUGAUUAUGUCAAAAAGAUAAAGAAAAAUGGCCUUGAUGGGACCUAAAACCUUAACCGAGAGAACUCGGAAAAGGAAGGCGAGUGAUCCAGAUGAUGAAAAUCUGAAGUUGGUCUUAGACAGUGAAACCCUAGGCUCUAGUAAAGCAGAAUUAAAAACAAAAAAGAAAAAGCCACCUUCACCUUACUACGAUUAUACCUCACUGAGUGAAGCUGAGUCAGACACAGAGUUUAGCUGCUCAGGGAGCUCAAUUUCAAGUGAUGAAUCAGGGAACUCUAACCCAGAAAAUCAAUGGGACAGUCAGGACCUUGAAAACUUAAACAUCUUCUUUGAGAAGACACCAGAGACAUUGGAGAACUUUACCAAAGAAGUGAAGGAUGCUUUCAGGAAUAGGGAAGGUUUCUGUCCCAAUCCCAGCAGAAUGAUUGAUAUUUUGAGGAGUCAAAUGGAAGAGGAUCUGACAUUUUCUUAUGAUUUGGGAGAAGUCCGGGACAUAAGAUGUGCUUCAGCUAAAGACGUGAUAGAGGUGAGACAGGAGGUGUCUAGGAAGAUAAAGGAGGACGUCCAAAGGAUGCAGGAAAAAGCAGAGGAAUUUGAUUCAGAGAACCUAUUUUGCAGGGCGCUAGAAUCAGCUGUGGGGAAAUCUGCCCUGGAGGUCGCUGUGUUGUGUAUUUCUGCCUCGCGACACUUCGCCCGGGAGACUGAGUUACUACUUAAACUGGUGCUAAGGGAGCCUAUAUCUACAUCAAAACAAAAUGACGGAGGGCCAGGCAAAAAUUACUUCCAGAACUUCUGUAAAGUGUUUGGAAAGAUCUUCUUUUUAAGUGAAGGUGAACUCCCUCUGGUGUCCUUUACUCUAAAAGAUCGUACUUUGAGGAAGAAGCCUGAUAUUGUCUACCCUUGGUAUUCUCAGUCCAGGGAUGAGGAACUCUUGUUUAUAACAGAGGUACAUGAAGCACCAGUUAAUCAAGACACAACAGACAUAAAAGACCUAGUUGGGACCAAAAUCAUGGGACAGUUUGGAAUAGAACUCAUUGGUCAGAUAAGACGCUCUGUAUUUUAUCCAAAUUGUCUAGGAGUCCUCUGCAUGGACACAAAGUUAAUUUUUGUAUUACUGAAAGUAUCAAAGAAACAUGCCAUCAGCCUAUGUAAAGGGCAGAGAGGUUCCACAGAAGAUCCAGGGAAGAUAAUGUACACAGAGCCUCUAGACAUUCUGAAAGCCGAGGACAGGGUAAAAAUGGCAGAGCUUCUCUUCUGGUUAGGGUGUCUUCAGGAUCCUAAAAAACACCAGUUUUGUUGAUUUAUACUGUAUCUUUGUUAAACAUAAGACAGCCUUUCAUUACUUCAUCAUCCAUAA